AUGGACCGUAGGAUGCGCGUCUUUUCGGCGCUGAUAACCUUCAUGAUCACCUCAUCACCUAUUUUGUCAUUUGUCCCUGGAACCGAUGGGCCAGUAAUAGCUCAAGAGGGUUUGGAAGGCGGCAAUACUACGUUAUUCUGCGACUCGAGCACUGAUACUCUAAAUGAUGAACUUAUGCUCCUGGUUUGGUACAAAGAUGAUGUGCCAGUCUAUAGUUAUGAUGCACGAAUUAUCAGUGAAUGGUCGACUAGUUCCUUUAACACCAGCGGAAGAGUUAAAGCUAACCUGCGAAGACAACCCACACCCCUUGUGAUUAGCAAUUUGAGGGGUGAUGACCAAGCUCUUUAUCAUUGUCGCGUGGACUUCCUCCUUGCCCCCACAAGAAAUAUUGGUGUCAACUUAACAGUUAUAGUUCUACCAAGCCAACCAUUCUUCCUAGAUGAAGUUGGUAACAAGGUGGAGGGUAAAAUAGGUCCCUACCACGAAGGAGAUACUUUAGUACUGAGUUGCCUAGUGAUUGGAGGAAGACCUCCUCCUCGAAUAAGCUGGUACUCUGGUAAUGAACUAGUAGAUGCCUCAGAUGGAGCUAGCGAUAUACCCGGGGUGAGGGAGAACGAGCUAUAUCUACCUUUGACUCGAGACAACGCAGAAUCUCUUUCAUGUAGAGCAAGUAACACUCAUCUUACUCCACCAGUCGUAUCCUCACUGCAAAUUGAAAUUUUCUUGCCUGCGUAUAACGUGACUAUAAACUGGAUGCGAGGAUUGUAUGAGGACGCAUUAAGAGCGGGCAAACCAGCACUUGUGCAAUGUGUGGCGCAGGGCUCCUACCCUCCCCCCGAGCUCUCUUGGUGGCUGGACCACCGACACCUCACGCAGCAUAGCAAUCAGAGUUGGAACAAUGCAACUCGCAGAGCGGAGUCUUUCCUGGAGCUGAUACCGGCGGUAAGUGACAACGGCGCUACCCUAGCCUGCGUUGCCACCAACACAGUGAUGGCCCCGGGGCGAGACUCCAAGGCAGACGUUAUAAUAUUAAAUGUUACCUAUAGUCCAAUUGUAGAAUUAUCAAUGGUAGGAGAUGGAAGACUGAAUGAAGUGGCGGAGCUGGACAUCCUACAACUUGAGUGUGAAGUGAAAGCCAACCCACCAGUUGAAAACUUUAUAUGGUAUUUUAAUGAUAUUGAAAUACGACCUAACAGUUUAUGGGGCAGUGAUGUUACAUCGCAGUCUCUUUUAGUAGAAGAAGCUACGCGGAGACACGCUGGUCGAUACUCUUGCGCAGCUCGAAACAGUAUUGGCGAAACAAGAGCAGAUACUAUCAAUGUUACUGUAUUUUAUCCACCAGAAUGUGCAGAACAUAGCAUAACAUUAGUUAAAGAAACAUUAAGAUGCAAUGUCAAAGCUCUUCCAACACCAGACACUUACUUCUGGCAUAUACAGCCAACAGAUGAAGAUGUUCAGCAUCUUACCACUGGCUCAGCAAUUCUUCCCCUCACACAAAUAACAGGAACAUUAUCGAAGUCCUUAGAUGUUAGCUGCGAAGCGGGGAACGGUAUUGCAUCACAAGAGAAACCAUGUAAAAAGACUUUUACUUUUGAUCAAUUAAGACCACCACAGCCUCAGCAAUGUGACCUUGCGUAUGAAUACGAAGAAUUUCUUAUGAGAUGUAUUCCAGUGGAAAAUGCUACAUAUUAUGAAGUAUCUGUUUGGAGGAUGUCCACGUCGAACGCUUCGUUGCUACUAGAGCGAAGAGGGUCUAUGGGUUAUGGUAUGAGCCAGGCUCUUGCUAGAGGAGAAGGUGUACCGUGGCUAGUUAGAGGUCCUUUAGGAAGUUUGAAGAUAGGUGAUGAAGCGGGCGCGUCAGCGUGCAAUAGAUAUGGCUGCUCAACAGCCUUAUUAUUGCGACCCACAGAAAAUUUGCUACACUCUGCCGCUACGCCUUGGUGGAAGUUUCUCCUCGAGAAAGACGUGGGCAUAGCGGUAGGGGCAGUGGUGUUAGUAGCGGUGUUCCUGCUCUCCACUGUACUGGCAGUACGCCUCGCACGUCGUGCCCGCUUAAAGCCGGCUCCUGUGAUACAAGUACUGCAGUUAGAUGACGUCGCGCGAGACUAUUUAGAAUCUAUCGGAGAUCAUAAAGUUCAUGCCUCGUGCAGCCUCCGGUCAUGCAGCAGUGGGUAUUCCGAUGGGUCUGCAGAGACCGCUCCAACCGUAGACAGAAGGAGGAAACCACGUUUCUGGGAUUGGGAUCCACCACCCGACGUCACUCUCAAUGUACACAGAGAGAGCGCCGUG